CACAAAAUAAUCUUUUCUUUCCCCAACUUUUCCCCCCUCAAUGUGUUUGUGAAAUAUUUUCAGCAGAUAGUUGGCUGCAGAGUGAGAGAGACUGAGUGGUCUGGUGUAGCGCUGCUGUUGCCGCUGCUGCUGCCUACUGUGGGUUGCAAGUGAAGUCGAGGAGGAGUUGAGUUUGCCAGUGAAGUUUGGCUCAUCCCCCAUCCCUCCUUCCCCGCCCCGUGGCCGUGGCCGCAGUGACCGGGGUUGCAGGCGGCGAGCGACGGGCGGCUCUAACUUUCCCCUCAGAGUCUCUCAGUCUCAGUGUGUGUGUGUGUGUGUGUGUGUGUGGAGGGGGGAGAGGGAGAGUGCGCUGCACUGCGCAUGAGUGUCACCCACGGUGACUGCUAAUUGUCCGUUUUUUUUUCUUUUUAUUUUUUAAAGAGGCCCGAGCGCUUGAAGAUGAACAAGCUGAAGUCCUCACAGAAGGAUAAAGUGCGUCAGUUUAUGGUCUUCACACAGUCCAGUGAGAAAACUGCAGUAUGUUGUUUAUCGCAGAAUGACUGGAAGUUAGAUGUUGCUACAGACAAUUUUUUUCAAAAUCCAGAACUUUAUGUUCGUGAAAGUCUGAAAGGUUCAUUGGAUAGAAAGAGAUUAGAACAGUUAUACCAUAGAUACCGAGAUCCGCAAGAUGAAAAUAAAAUAGGAAUAGACGGUAUUCAACAGUUCUGUGAUGAUUUAGGAUUGGAUCCAGCCAGUAUCAGUGUACUGGUCGUUGCAUGGAAAUUUCGAGCAGCCACACAGUGUGAAUUCUCAAAACAAGAAUUCAUAGAUGGUAUGACAGAAUUAGGGUGUGACAGCAUAGAAAAACUGAAAAUCCUACUGCCAAAGUUGGAACUAGAAUUAAAAGAUCAAGCAAAGUUUAAGGAUUUUUACCAGUUCACAUUCAACUUUGCAAAGAACCCAGGCCAGAAGGGCUUAGAUUUAGAAAUGGCAAUUGCAUACUGGAAUUUAGUACUUGCUGGGCGAUUCAAAUUCUUAGAUCUAUGGAAUAAGUUUUUAUUGGAACAUCAUAAAAGAUCAAUACCGAAAGAUACCUGGAACCUCCUGUUAGACUUCAGCUGUAUGAUUGCUGAUGACAUGUCCAAUUAUGAUGAAGAAGGAGCAUGGCCGGUGCUUAUUGAUGACUUUGUGGAAUUUGCACGACCACAAAUCACUGGGACAAAAAGUACAACUGUGUAGCAUUGGGAAGCCUUGUCGCAAAAUGUACAUGAUGUGUACAGAAUGAAAAAUACAGCAAAUAAUGCACAGUCAUUUCACAAUUAGUUAAUAAAAUGCAGAUCAAUGGAUUGAAGUGAAGAUCAAUCCUUUUAUUCUAUCCAGAGGGUUGUUAACACCAAAAAGGACUUUUCUUCAAUCAUAUCGUAUUCAUUUAAUGGUGGUUUGGGCUUCUGUCUUAGUCAGGACCUCUUUAUGUAAUUUCAUCAACACUGAAUGUGAGUUCCGUCUGUAUAUUCUUUGGAAUCCUGUUUGGAGGACUUUUCUGAAAGGAUAAUUUUAUAGUGCUUUUCGACAUCAAGCACAUUGCUGCCUUCAGUUAGGAGCUGAACAGCAUUCUUGGACACCGGAAAUCUGUGUUUGAAAUGGAAACCUCGAUUUGAUCUUAGUACUUUUUAAAUUAUGUAAACAGGCAGUUAGACCAUCACAGAAUCUUACUUUAGCUAAUAAUACUUCAGCUAUUUCUUGUUCUAUGGCAGAUUACUUGUCAUAAAGUCUUACUUUUCUAUGAAGACUGGAUCAUACCAUGCCUAUGCACGAAAUUUGGUUCCGCUCCAUAACGAAAGUGGCAUUAGAAUGGUGAAAUCCUACAAAUGAGAUCUGUGGUACUUACUGUUUGUUUUUCUGUUUGACAAGAAUGAAGUUUCCCCACCCAACCACCUUCUGAUAUUAGCAUAUUGCUAAACAUAUUUAGGUCGGGUAUAAUACAAGAGGCACCUUGUCACCAUUCUGAUACUGGAUUUUGCAUCUUGGCCUUGGAUAUUUGCAAUAUAUAGUGCCCUGGAUGGUAUUUCAGGUUUCCUUUACAACUGCAGUAUUAUUAAAAUUAGGUUUUGUGCUGUUGACUAAGAGAAACUGAAAUUCUUCCACUUUUUCAACUUGGGCAGACCAUGCUUAACAUAAAGAAAACAGUACAGACCUUCCUUUUUUAUAUCCAAGGAAAUUCAUGGGAAGUUGACUAGAAAUACCAUCGUCUUUUCAUUGGUGUUUGUAGUCAUUCAAUUAUUUGAGUUUAAAAUGGUCUGUGCUUUAAAGAAAGUACUAAAGGCAAAUAUUUUAUACCUGUUUUGAUCCUGCAACCCAGCUCAUGAUUCACUUGUAUGAAAAGUGGGAUGUUUAAAUUGACUUGGCAACUAUCAUUGAUAUUUGGGGGGGUGGAUUGGGGUCGGGGAGGGGGGACAGAGAGAAGAAUUGAAAAUUUCUGUUUGUGUGAGAUGGAUAUAUUUACUUGUACGCUUAGCAUAGUUUUACCAGUAGUUUCCUUAUAACUUUCACAUAGGUUGCCAUGUCUGUUUAUCAUUCCCUCUAUACAUAUGAAUGGUUGUAAAGUAGAGGAUAAUGAAAUGUUUCAAAAACUAAUUUCUCAGGUCAGUGUUCCAUGCAGGUUUAAGAUGAGCCUUUUUAUUAACUAGACACUCAAGUUUAAAAUAUGUGGAAUAAUCAUUUAAAUAGUAAUCGAAAUCUGAUUCUUACUGUAAAUGACUCCCAUGUUGGUCUAAUGAUGCAUUAUUCAGGUAAAAGCUUAGAGCUGGAAGAGACUAUAGCCAUUGGGAUGUUUUAUUUUUUAUUACAUAUCCUUGAUCUGGAUUUCAUACUUGGGUUUUCAAUGCAAACAACCUGUAUCUUAUGCCCUGUGCUAAUCUCAAAUGCAUUUUAAAAUUGUUUAAUAAACUUUAAUUUAUAGGUGUUCUGAUGUUACACUGCCAUCUAAUGCAGUUGACUUUCAAUCAGUUUUCACUCACCUGUGCUUUGAAUCCUGAAAUUGUGUUACAGGCUCUCUUCAUUUAUUUGUGACAUGCAGCCAAUGCAGAGACAUCUCAAUUAGGUUCCACAGUUUGUUACAUGCCCAAAUAAGUUUUUGACUUCAGCUAUUUUGUUAAUCCAAGUGAAACUUGACAGUCAACAUUGAUGACUAAAAUACACCUAAAGAGUAAAGCAAGCCUGUUCAUCUUGCUUAGAAUACUGGAAAACUAAAUGUGGCUCUUAUUUGAGCAGCAUACUUUUUUUCCUAAAAGUUAAUGGCCCAAUAUUUUGAGCUUUACCACUGUUUUGAAACUGAACUGUUUCUUCGUCAGUUAAAAUGCAUUACUUCAACUCAAUACUGAUAGGUAAUUCAAAAAGUUUCAUUAGGGUUCUGGUUUACUUUUUAUUCCACUAUAUCAUAACAAUUCAAAGACAUUUAAGUGAUCGAAGAAGGUUGACCAUUUUUAAAGAUCUAUUUUCUUGUUUUCAUUUGGAAAUUAUACUUUCAGUAGUUUUCUUUUGAAGAUGCAUGGUACAUUUUAAAGUGCAGUUCUACUGUUAUAUUUUGGUGACACUAAGUUUUCAGAUGGAGUCGACCCUAAUAAGUACAUGAAAUAUGGAAAAUACAGCUUUAUUGUGUAGAUUUUCUCUAAUUUGCAGCUUAUACUGUGCAAACAUGAUGUACUUGAGUACUGUAUGAACCAUGGAGUCAGUUAGAACUCCACUGUCAUUUGCACAUGAGAUUAGAAGAUUCCUAAGAAAAGAAGGCUUAGCUGUUAAAAUGAGGUUAUAUGGACAAUGUAAGCUAAGGAAAUUUUGAAGCUAAGGUUAAGCAAUGAUUUUUGGUUAUGGCUUGAAUUUAGGUACUUCUGAUGCCAAUAUAGACUUUUAAAUCAAGAUAUUAAAGAUGAAUCACUUUUUAAAGUGGUAGAUUUUGAUUUGUUGCUCACUAGUGCAAUCUACUUGCCUGCUUCUUCCAGUGUGCGCUUCUUUGAAUCUGGUGAAAUUCAGUUUACUGGUAUAGUAAACAAUUUACAUACAAUGCAUAAAAUAUGCAAGAUCUCAUAAUGCACAGAUCUUUCUUUUUGUGUACUGAGCAGAGCUGGUGAUGGACCUUGUCAGGUCUGUAAUGUCCGCACAUUAUUUCCAUUGUCCUUUGAUUUUGAGGUUUCUUUCCCGUGUUUUUAUAAAAUCACAACUGCAGUGAUGGAUUUCUCCCUCACAAAGUCAUUUAGUAACCAAGAUUCUGAUGAGAAUGUUCUUCAGUUGGACAUGCAAACUAUUAUGGAUCUCGAGUACUUUUGUGAGUACGUACUCUCAUCUGGAACCUCCUACGAUGAUGAAAGCUGCACCCCUCUUGAGUAACCAACUGUAUGAAAGAGAAAUAUCACCUUGCUAAUUUUUUUAAGUUUAUGUAAACUUGAAAACAAAGCAACAUGUACAGACAGGAACAAGCAGGAUGGCGAAUUGUUGGUGAGUAACUAAUCGUGGAAUUUUAAACAGGAUUUAAGUUCCACCUUCAGGGUGAGGUGGCUGUCUUAAAACUUAAUUCAGUGCUAUCCAUAUGAAUGCCCUGAAUGUUGCCUCACUACAUCUUUGGAUUAUUCUCCAACUUUCAACCCUGAUGGAAACUUUUUGUUGAAUGUUCUCACUUGCCCCUGUGGGAGAAUUAUCUGUGUGCUGGAUUGGUGGGAAUGUAUUUCAAGUGAAUGAGAAAGGUACUUGUACAUACAUACAUUCGUGCAUGCCAGGCCUUGUUUGAUGUAGAAAAUGCACUUCUUUUUUUUGGUGUGUUCUAUGAAAACAUCAAAAUAUUUGGGUUUGAUCCUUGGAACAAUUGGAUAGAAUAUUUUUUUAAUUAACUGCAGCAUAACUGUUCAUUUUUAAUUAAUUGAUGAUCUUGGGAAGUCUGAUGUCCAACUAGUUAACUUUGUAUUUCUACUUGCUUUACCUGCCAUUUAGUUCUUCCAUGCCACAGCAAUUCCUAACCAAGGGUAGGCAGAGGACCUAUCUCCAGAGCUUUUGUCAGUUUCUAAACUUGCCAUUAGUUUGUUAAUUCAGCCUAACAGGUUUUCCUUUCCCAUGAAGAAACACUUUUCUUCAGUUUGGCACCCAUGCCCAACAUACCGGCUACAUUUAUGAAUCUGAGCUUGCAUCUUGUCACUCUACUCCAACUUGCUGUGUUCCAGUGAUGCUCAUUAAACUGGGAAUUUAGUCAUGCAGAUUAGUACUGUUUCUGUAUUCAUGAACAAUGCUGGUGUAGCUUACUAUUGCACUGAGCUAUUCAUAGGGAUUUCACAUUGCACCAAAACUGUUCUGUGGCACAGAUUUUGUACAAAUCUGACACAAACUUUGGAUGGCCCUUCCAAAAGCUUGAACCUUAUUAUGUUUUGUACUGCAGUGUUAAGCAUUUUUGUCUGCACAUUUUUUCUGUACAUUUAAACAAAAGUGUGAUUGCUGUUAUGGCGUGAUGCACAGUUUAAUAUCAAAGCUGACUAAAGUAAUAAAACUACUAUAGAACUAGUUAUUUAAAAUGCUUAGUCACUUGAAAGGAUGAGUGGUUUCUUUAAAAUUGCUAUUGGAUCAUAACACUUUAAGGAAUGUUAAUCAAAUGAGAAAAAUUGAGGGAGGGAGUGGAACAUUAAAAAAAAUCCUUUUAUCAUAAAUUUGCAUUCUCCUGUUAAAAUUUGCUUUAUGAAUGUUCAAACUUCCUUUAUACAGCUACAUAAACAUAUAAAGUGGAGAUCUAGUUUGAAAGGAAAAGAUAGACACGUGUCUCUAUUGACCCCUUACAGAAUUGUCUGCAUUUUUUAUGUAGUGUGCCAAAACCAUUGUCUUUCGUUGCUUGGCAUAGAAUAAACCAACAUGGUUUGGUGUACUUUUGUCCUAUUUGGCCACAUCCUUGAAUAUGACUUGAUAAGGGUCCAUCUGUUCCUUUUGUGGUAUUUUAAGGAUAUUAGAGAAUUGAACAUUUGUUCAUACUGAGCAAUUGUUAACUGUGAAGUCUUCAUCCUUGGGUAUGGGACAGGGAAACAGUAUUGUAAUUCAGGCCUAAUAUAGUGCUUUGUACGUAUUGCAAUUCUGUACACUUGUAGGUAGUACAUUUUAGAGUAUUGAAAGCUUGUUUAGGAAGAGCUUGUUUAAAUGGAUGUCUUGUAAAUUAUGUAAAAUUUUUAUCUCAUUAUGGGCAAAUGUAUUGUAAAUUGACACAUAAGAUGAAAAUCUACAGGGUCCACUGAGAAAUGCCAAUAAAAGGGUUGUAAAAAAAAAAAA